AUGGUUGGACAUAGGCAUUUAUCCACACUACCAAGUAUUCAGAAAUCAACAUAUAAAGAUGUUCUCGUACAUUUUAAUACUUUAAAAUGUCUUCCAGUUGGUGCAUGUGCGUAUCUUUUAAACGAAGCACCUAUUCCAACAACAUUGGACUCAGCUAAUUCCAAUGAUGAACAAAUUCAGCAAUCAUUGAAAGAAUAUUUUCUAUAUUGUUUUUUACCGUUACCGAUUCCCUCUGAUAUUCCAAUGCAUAUACAUGGUUGCUUUUAUCUAAGUAAUGAAAGUCGAUACAAUUUAUGGAAAACCGAUAAUGAAAAAGAUUUCAGACGCAAAAAUUUUUUCCAACUUAUUAUACAUCGUUGGAUAUUUCAGACAGAUGACAGUAAAUGUCUGGAAUUUUACGUUGAGCAGGUAUCUAAAGCUCUCCUUGAUGAUAAACUUAGUGAAGAAGAUAAAUUAGUAUUGUUUGACGCUCUUGGAAUCGACUUGAAAAAUCAAUGUAAGAAUGAUAAUAAAUUACCAGACUCUGCUUACAAUUUAUCUUCAAAAACACUGCCCAGGCCAAACAGAACGGUCCGUUAA